GGCGCCAAGGCGUCAAAGCUCCAUCUCUUUUUCAUCACCUUGUAUGCAACCAGUUGAACAAGAGCUCGUAUAAUGUGUAAACACAUUCUCAACGCUCAGGUAUCCAUCCGUGCUCCGUGUUGCAAGCAAUGGUACGACUGCUCCGAGUGCCACGCUGAAAAGCAAACACACAAGCUGGUCAAGACGAUGGAGAUGGGAUUUCUGUGCAAGAAGUGUAAGAAAGCCUUUUAUAAGGAUAUGGAGAAAUACGAGGAGAGCGAUGAGUUUUGUCCAUACUGUGAUAAUCAUUAUGUGAUUGAAGCUAAGAUACCGCACGCAGUUGUCGGUGUCGAGGGUGAAGACGCACGGAUAGAUGCAAGAAUGCUCAAGGAUGAACGCAUGAAAGCAAAAAACAAUCAUUCCGUCUUCGAACUAGAUCCUGACGAGGAAGCUGCUCUGCUGGAUUUUUAGAUAGCUUUCGAUGACCCCGCACCUAACUCGACCGACCCACUCGACCAACCUUAGCCAAUCAACCUUGGCCAACUAG